AUGGAACUGCUGCCGUGUGUCGAGAAAAGGCAUGGGUUGUUUUGCUGCAUGGCUGCUGAGUGUCUGGUAUUUGACCUUUCUGGUAUCUAUUCUCCUUUAUUUACUUACACUCUGAAUCUGGUCUAUAGAGAAGUGUUGGUGAGACAACCAUCUAAUCCAACCUGGAUUUUGAAGGAGAGCUCUUCCAGCUAUAGUGACAUUUUACCAUUGCGUGAUCCACACAUAAGGGAAGUUGUUGUUGGUCAGAACUCACAAGUAAAACAGCGUAUGGUGAAGGGAUUCCAGAAGUGUUUGGAUUGGAUAAUGCUAGAUGUAGCACAUUGA